CUCCCUGAGUGUCCUACAGGGCUCCUCGUGCCAGAUUCCUGCCCGAUGGCUUUUAUGAAAAACUAUCUCCUCCCCAUUCUGGGGAUCUUCUUGGCCUACUACUACUAUUCUGCGGAUGAGGAAUUCAGACCAGAGAUGCUAAAAGGAAAGAAAGUGAUUGUCACGGGGGCCAGCAUGGGGAUCGGAAAAGAGAUCGCCUAUCAUCUGGCGAAGAUGGGAGCCCAUGUGGUGGUGACAGCGAGGUCAGAAGAAGCUCUGAAGAAGGUAGUAUCUGAUUGCCUGGAGUACGGAGCAGCCUCAGCACACUACAUUGCUGGCACCAUGGAGAACAUAACUUUCGCGGAGCAAUUUGUUGCCAAAGCUGGAAAAAUCAUGGGGGGGCUAGACAUGCUCAUUCUCAAUCACAUCGCCAAAGUCACUAUGGAACCGUUUGCUGGUGGCACGUACUUAACGCGCACAGUUAUGGAGGUCAACUACAUCAGCUAUGUGGCCUUGAGUAUGGCUGCAGUCCCCAUGCUGAAGCAGAGCAAUGGAAGCAUUGUCGUCGUCUCCUCAGUGGCUGGGAAAAUGGCGAGUCCACUUCUUGCUUCCUACUCUGCAAGCAAGUUUGCUCUCGAUGGGUUUUUCUCCUCCCUCAGGAAGGAAUACUUAAUGACCAAGAUCAAUGUGUCAGUCACCCUCUGUAUCCUCGGUCUCAUAAACACAGACUCAGCCAUGAAGGGGAUUUCUGGGAUACUCAAAGCAGAAGCAUCUCCAAAGGAAGACUGUGCCCUGGAGAUCAUCAAAGGGGGAGCUCUGCGCCAAGAGGAAGUGUAUUAUGGCAAAUUUCUGUGGCCCUCUUUCCUGCUCAGAAAUCCAGGAAGGGGCAUCGUCGAAUUUCUCAGCCUAAGAAAAUAUAAUGUGGAAAAAUUUAUAAACAACUAGAAACUUCCUUAGGGCUGGGCAUGACAAGGGAGCUUUGGAUUGUUCUGCUUUAUAUUUAUCUAAGCUCCACCCAUGGAGACAUCUACCUAGAGAGAUAAAUGAGUCU